GGGCCCGGGGAGCUGCCGCCAUGUUGGCGGCGCCGCUGCGCUGCGCCCGCAGAGGCUGAGCUUUGUGGUGAGCAGGGAACCCCUGAGCCUGUUUGGUGUCACAGGCACAUAUUUCUAACGGGGAUCGCAGCCAUGGCCACGGUGGGGACACCCGGCCCCCCCAGCGUCCCUCGUCACACCAACCGCCUGAUUAACGAAAAGUCCCCGUACCUCCUGCAGCACGCCCACAACCCUGUGGAUUGGUACCCUUGGGGUCAGGAAGCCUUUGAUAAAGCAAAGAGAGAAAACAAGCUGAUAUUCCUGUCAGUUGGCUACUCCACCUGCCACUGGUGCCAUGUCAUGGAGGAGGAGUCCUUCAAGAGCAAGGAGAUUGGGGAGAUCAUGAAUGAGCACUUUGUGUGCAUCAAAGUGGAUCGUGAGGAGCGGCCAGAUGUGGAUAAAGUAUACAUGACCUUCGUGCAGGCCACCAGUGGUGGAGGUGGUUGGCCCAUGAGUGUCUGGCUGACCCCAGACCUCAAGCCCUUUGCUGGGGGGACGUAUUUCCCUCCUGAGGAUGGAGUUCAUCGUGUUGGUUUUCGGACUGUGCUGCUCCGGAUCGCAGAGCAGUGGAAGGAGAACAAAGAUGCCCUGUUGGAGAGCAGCCAGAGGAUUCUGGAAGCAUUGCGACACACAUCAGAGAUCCGUGUGCAGGGCCAGGAGUCACCCCCACCAGCCAAAGAGGUGAUGGGUACCUGUUUCCAGCAGCUCUCCAGAUCCUAUGAUGAGGAAUAUGGUGGAUUUUCCAAAUCCCCCAAGUUCCCCACCCCAGUGAAUUUGAAUUUCCUGUUCACGUACUGGGCCCUGCACCAAACAACUCCAGAAGGUGCCCGGGCACUGCAGAUGGCUCUGCACACCCUCAAGAUGAUGGCCCAUGGGGGCAUCCAUGACCACAUUGGUCAGGGGUUUCACCGCUACUCCACUGACCAGCACUGGCAUGUUCCUCACUUUGAGAAGAUGCUGUAUGACCAGGGGCAGCUGGCAGCCAUGUACAGCAAAGCCUUCCAGAUCUCUGGUGAUGAAUUCUUUGCUGAUGUUGUCCGAGACAUUUUACUCUACGUCUCGCGUGACCUGAGUGACCAGGCAGGAGGUUUCUAUAGUGCAGAAGAUGCAGAUUCCUACCCGACCUCCACAUCUAGAGAGAAGCGAGAAGGAGCUUUCUGUGUAUGGACAGCCAAGGAGCUCCGGGCUCUCCUCCCUGACCCUGUUGAGGGGGCCACAGAGGGGACAACCUUGGGAGAUAUCUUCAUGCACCACUAUGGAGUGGAAGAGGCUGGCAACGUGGACCCCAUGAAGGACCCCCAUCAGGAGCUGAAGGGAAAGAACGUCCUCAUUGCCCGCUGCUCCCCGGAGCUGACAGCAGCCCGGUUUGGGCUGGAGCCAGGCCGGCUGAGUGCCCUGCUGCAAGAAUGCCAACACAGACUGUCCUCAGCCCGGGCACAGCGGCCACGGCCACACCUGGACACCAAGAUGCUGGCAGCAUGGAAUGGGCUGAUGAUCUCAGGCUUUGCCCAGGCUGGGGCUACCCUGGCCGAGCAGGGAUAUGUGAGCAGGGCUGCACAGGCAGCUGCCUUCCUGAGGACACACCUUUUCGACCCCGACAGCGGGAGGCUGCUUCGGAGCUGCUACCGGGGCAAGCACAACUCAGUGGAGCAGAGUGCUGUGCCCAUCCAGGGCUUCCUGGAGGACUACGUCUUUGUCAUCCAGGCACUCUUUGACCUGUAUGAAGCCUCACUGGAGCAGAGCUGGCUGGAGUGGGCCCUUCAUCUCCAGCACAUGCAAGACAAACUCUUCUGGGACCCUAAAGGCUUUGCUUAUUUCUCCACUGAGGCCAGCGAUCCCUCUCUGCUCCUGCGUCUCAAGGAUGACCAAGAUGGAGCAGAGCCCACUCCUAACUCUGUCGCUGUCACAAACCUGCUCCGAGCAGCUUGUUACUCUGGUCAUAUGGAGUGGGUGGAAAAAGCCGGCAAGAUCUUGGCUGCCUUCUCACAGAGGUUGCAGAAGAUCCCGAUAACCCUCCCAGAGAUGGCCCGGGCCACUGCUGUCUUCCAUCACACCCUCAAACAGGUUGUCAUCUGUGGAGACCCCCAAGGAGAAGACACCAAAGAGAUGCUGCAUUGUGUCCGCUCUGUCUUCAGCCCAAACCAGGUGCUGAUGGUUGCAGAUGGAGACAGCGCUGGGUUCCUCUACCGCCAGCUGCCUUUCCUUGCAUCCCUGGAGAGGAAGGAUGGGAAAGCCACUGCCUAUGUCUGCAGCAACUUCACCUGCUCCCUGCCUGUCACCUCUGUCCAGGAGCUGCGUGGGAUGCUCAGCCCAUGAGCCCCUCAGUCAUGCUGCCCGUGGGAAGGCAAGAGUGGGACAGACUGGCACGGGAACAUGGGAGAACCUCAUAACAGAGGCAACCUGAGCACCAUCCCAGAUGGCUCCUAGCAGUGCAGUGGGGCUGUGCUCUUCCUACCUGCAGCAGGUCAGGGUCUGCUUGCAUUGUUGCUUCAGCAGUGUCUCAGCACAAGUGACCGUGGUCCUGGGUCCUGUUUCUGGUAUGUCCAGGAGACACCCAUGGAGGAGCAUCUCCUGCCUCUGUAUUCAUGCUUGCUUCUCACCUCUUCUUGCUGAGGAAAAGAAAACCGAAUUAAAUAUAAAUCCAGUGUUAAUGGAGAAGUCAGAUGGGAACACUGUUAGGGUUCCUAUAGCAACCCCGGGUAACACUGUCAAAAGCACCUGGAUGACUUGGGAGUCAAACGCUCUUAAAAGUGUUAUUGGCUACAACAGCUGUGGUAUUUUUCCGUUUCAGAGGAGAUUGUAACAUACAUUAACUGAAUAUAUAGUGCAUGGAAAAACCCUGCUGAUUACAACUAAUGUAAAGUUUAUCCUCUCUUUCCUCCCCUCCUUCCUUCCUUGUCCUCCCUGCUUCCAAAUGGGUGAGUACCAGGUUUUCAGCAUCCCUCUGACACCCUGGGCUCCCCCAGCACAGCACCUCACACCCCAGCUGGCUGGGUGCUGUCAUCUGGCAGCAAAAUAGCACUGCCCACUGGCUUUCUAGUGGGUUGUGCCAGGGUUUGGGAGUAACUAGCCAGGAGAAAUGCCUUUGAAGUCAAAUCGGAAUUUUGCACUUCAUCUGAGUGAAGGGGUUUUAUUUUCUCUCCUCUCUUGGUUUUAAAAGCCUGAAGUGUUUCUGGAAAUCCAGCUGAAAAUUGCUGGUUUGGCAGAUGUCCGCCUACUUUCUUCUGGGGUUUUUUGCCAUCUUUUUUUUUAAACUUGGCUUCUCUGCUGUGGGGAUUGAUUUGACACCCGUCCUCAGAAGUGCUCAGAGUGAGUUGGUUUGUGUCUGCUGGGAGAGCGUCCUCGGAGAGCAGGGCUGGUGCUGAGUGCCUGUGGGGAAGCCCACAGAGAUGCCACAAUGGCAGUUGUCCCCGAGGUGGCACAGGGCUAGGGUGACAUUUUGGUGCCCACCAGCCCCUUGUGGCACAGACACAGGGUGCUUUCCUCCCACACUGUGUUACUUGUUGGUGUCUCUGUGAGCAGCCCCCAGGCAGAGCUGUGCUGUGAACCUCUGUCAGGAUGAAUUGGCUUCACCUCUCAGUAAAACAAAACAAAACAAAAAAGAAUGAGAAGUUCUUUGUGAUGAAUAACUGUUGUUGUGGCACCUCUGUCCUCCCAGUGCCUUUGCCUUGCUGCUGUCCCUGGGUGCUGGUGGCUGUGUCCUGUGCUUCCCACAGUCUGCCUGUCCGUGGAGCCACCCCUGGGCUUUAUGACCAUAGCAGGGAGUGGCUUUGCUUGAGUUCCACUGCAUCUCCCCUACUGGACCCCUUGUACCCCUUGGCCAGACUCUCAGCUGGUGCACCCAGGGGUGCUGCUCUUCAUUGGUGGCUACAGUUUUUACACCCUCCCAGUAGUGCUUCCCGUCCUUUCCUGUCACCAGCCUUCUGAUUUCAUGGCACGUGCUGUUUUGCUGCAAGGCUUGUUUUCUGGGGCAGUUACCAGGAGACAGGGCUGGUGGGUGCUGCCCAGCCUAGCCAGGCCCUCAGGAGGAUGAUGGAGUGGGAUCUCUGGGCUCAGGGGUCCUGUGCCACUUCGCAGUGUCUGUUUCCCUGAUCCCUUCCCGCAUUCCCUUUGGUGGCACAUGCAGAGGCUUUCUCUACCAGUGCAGAGGCUCAGGGUGGCUGGAGGCAGCAUCCUGUGCUCCCCCACUCCUCUCCAGCUGCAGAGCUGUCAAAAAGCUCUCCAAAAACACAUCAGAUAACUCAAGUGCUGGUUUUCCCCACAAACACUUGGCUUUGCCAUCGGGCUGCUGCAGAUUCACAGGGAGACUUCCUCCUGCCCAGGGCUCUGGGCUGACCUGGGAGCCCCAGCAGCCAGGGAUGGGGAGAAACGGGUUUUCCCUUGGCAUCUUUUUUGUAUAAACACCUGCUUUAACAUUUAAAACUUACACUGGGGGAUGUGCAGGGCACCCCAUUUCUCAGACCACCAAGGCAGAUGGGAGGCCUGACACCCACAAUGUCCCUUUGUGGGGUCUGGGACACAUGGGGGUGAUGGGGAGGCAGCAUAAGCAGCCACCCUUGCUGCGCUAAUGAGGCUUUCCCUCUAAUUAAUAUUCCCUGGAAAACUCAGCGCUGGUUCUGGAUCUCUCAGCUUUUAUCUCCUGUGGCAUUGAAGUGACAUCAAUGGGAAAUGGGCUUUGAAAGCUGUUUGUUGUGGGGGAUGUUGCAUCUGUGGGAGAAGGGGAAUGGAGAAGGGAGUCCUAAGCCUGGAUCCUGCUCUAGUGUCAAUAUCCCCCUCUGAAACAUUUGUGGGGGUGCAAUUUGCAAUGCCUUUGAGAGGGUAGAUUGGGCAAAAUAAUGAGGUUUCCUAAGAUGAGCACACAGUUAAUUCAUACUUGAGCACCCACGUCUGGCACAGCUGAGCACCCCAUUGCCACACACCUGGAUAGCCAAGUAGCACCUGAGCACUGAUCUGCUUAUGCCUGAGUGGACAAUUAACUCCUGCCUGAGGGUUAUUUUGGGCAUGAAGAGGCAGGUUUUGGUAGUUGGCUGCUGCAGGAGGAGGUUUGGAAGUGCUCCUCAGUGGUUGCUCUGAAAGUGAUUAAAAGGCUUCACAAUGCUCCAAAAUAUCAGGGGAACCUAUGACAGGCAGGUGCAGGGGGGCAGGAGAUGUGGGGCUGCUAUGAGGAGUCCCUCCAAAGCUAAUCCUGUACUGUUGAGCCCAGUUCUCCAGUAUUCACCCAGAGAGAAUUUGCACCCAGCAGGCUGCCAUGGUGAAUCCCCUGAGUUCCAGCCUCCUCUCCUGGGUAAUUUGGGGUGCUUGCUGCAGUCCCCUUGCAGCAGGAUGGGGGUGGGGGUUGCACCAACCCUCCUCUGGCAUCCCAUGGAGCUUCUGCAGGCAGUGGAGGGGGCUGGGGGACUCAGCAGCUCCUACUACCCUUCCCAGCCUCAGCAUUUGCCUUGCACAGAUGUUCACACUAUCCAGCUCCAAGUAAUUCCAGUGUUCCUGACAAGUGAAUUUGCAGCUGAGGCUGGCUGACACUUGCUCAAAACAUGCUUCUUUCUUUUUAAACUGACCCUCUGUGCAGAUUGGUGCCAUGGACCAAGUGGACACAGCCAGGCUGUGCUGUGGGGACUCUGUGGGGGUGUCCCCUGUGGCUCAGCUGCUGCUUUAGUUUCCCCUCCCACAAAAGCGUGUCCUGGCCAUUUCUAUCCAAGUCCUAUACCACCUCUGCAUGGCCCUGGAGCAUGUGCCCUGCCUGGACACUCCCAGAGCCCCUGUGUGCUCCAGAGAUGAGCAGAGCAGCUCGCAGCUCUCCCCAGCUUUUGCAGGUGCACUGGCCAAGGCUUUUGGGGACUGUCAUCCCCAUGUAAUGUUCAGCUGCUCUGAACAGGCUCUGCACCCACAGGCCAAUGCUUAGAACCAGUUUACCACUUGGAAAUCUCCCGUUCCUGCCUGGCAGCUGCAGCAAUCCCACCUAUUUCUCAAGGGACUGCCAACCUUGGCUACUGCUGGGAAGGCAGGGAGGGGUGGGGAGGGAUGGCUGAAGGCCCUGUGGCAAAGCAGGAGCCAUCAGCACCAAUUAAGGGUUAUGUGAUGGACACUUGGCCGUUGCAGGCCAGGGCAGGGCUGCACAUGGCCAUUAAUCCUCCUUUAUUAUAGUUUUGGUGUUUACUGACUGUGGUAACUGUUGCAUUAAAUCAAAAUUAAAUGUUUAUUUGGAUUUUAUGAAAGGACUGAGGAGGAUGUCCAGGGCGGAAGUUGCAGGUCUGUGGGUGCCGGGAUAGGGGAAGGGGUUUUGGGGUGUACAAAGGAAUCGGGACUGCAGCGGAGGGAUGUCCUUGCCAUCAGUGUGGGGACAUCCCCAGGUGCUGUGCCAGGCUGUCAGUCCAGGUGAGGUGACAGUGGCAUCUCCACUGCCUUUGGUGCUUUGUGAGCUGCUAAAUUAGAGGCUAGAGAUGCUAAGGGCUCCCAGGGAGCCUGGGCUGCUAAUCAAAGGGGAACAGGCUCUGCUUUCCAUCUGAGGUUUUAUCCAAGACUCCAGGAGGGCUGAGGCUGCUCCUCUCCCCAUGGCGGGUGGAAUUAACUCCUUGUGUGCUGCAGCCUGGCAGGAGCAAGUUGCAAAAUUUCAUGGUGUCACCUGAGACUAAGACCACAGGAAUUCUGAGGCCUGGGGAAAUCCAGAGCUGGAAGGCAAUGCCUGGGCUUUGGGGCCAAAUGUCCUGCUGGAAUCGUAGCUCUCAGCCAUAGUUUCUGGCUUCAGCAUGGAUGUCCUGACACAACUUCCGUGGUUCCUCUGGGCUGAUGCCUGCUGGCGUGUUGGGAGUUUUUACCCAUAGAGGAGAAACCUGAAUGUCUCUGUGUGACCCAGCACUCUCCUCCCUGUCCCUAACACCCACGAAUCUGGGACAGGCAGAGCCGGGCUCGCUGCAAUUAUCCAUGGAUUAACGGCAGCUAAUUUAGUUUGAGUCACAGAAGCUAAACUGGAUCGAUAUGGGGUGAAGAGUACAAAGGAGGAAUCAAUAGGAAUGCAGAAAUCGGGCCGCACAUCCCUGUGGGAUGACGCCUUCGGGGCUGGGACAGCGGUGCUGCCUGAGUGCUGUGGGGCUGGGAACGGGGGGCAGGCGGUGCCCGGGGCGGUGCAGGCCGGGACGGCAGAGCUGCAGCUCAGCACAAGGCUUCCAUCGGCUUUGUGCAGCUCGGCAGAGCGGAGGCCGCCGUGGCAGGCCGAGCUGCGGCUCUGCGGACUCCGGGCCGCGGCUGUGAGGGGGCCGGGGCCGGGGCCGGGGCCGGGGCCGGGGCCGGGGCGCCCCCGCUCUCCUGGGGACGUCACGGCCGCCGGGAAACUGGUUGGAUGUUCAACCGCGAUUUGGAUACGAGCUGGCUUGGGCCGCCUGCAAGGUGUGCACCAACGAGGCAUCCUCACAGCGGGAUGGAAAAUGGGGAUGGCCCAGUGACCUCUGGGGUUUCUGUGCUCCCGUGGCCGCCAGUGAGGCUUCGUCUGUCUCCCUCGUGUUGCCUCAUGGCCUGGCAGCAGGGCAUGAGGCAGGGUCUUUUUUCAUAGCUGACAGCUCAUGAAUAUUUAUAUCAGCCUAUUAAAAAUGGCCACUACAUCCCAAAUUAGUCAUGGGGCCCUGGAUAGAGGCAGGGUGCUGGGUGCAGUGGCACUGAUGUCACCCCCAGCUCUCUGCUCAGAUGACAGUGGCAUGGCCUUUCAGCUGGGAUGGGACGGAGUGAGGGAUUCCUGUCCCUCUAGGGCUGCAUGAGCAGUUCUCAGGUCUUGCCUUUGGACUGGACCCUGCUCUCUCGUGCGACCCUCUCGUCCCUCCUGGGAGCCUGCUCAGGGUGCUAACAGCACCCAGAUUUCUACUCCUCUUGGUUCAUCUUCCUCACCAUCCUGUGCUUUAAAACAUAAUUUAGUGGCUGUAAAUGAGGCCUCCAUCUACUGCUGAGGGCUGUGGGAACUGCUACCCCCACCACGUGCUGGGAAUGUGCUGCCUCUGGGAUGCAGCCAAAGCAGGUGUGUUUACCUCCCAGAAAAGAAAGGAAAUCCAUGUUUUGGUGAACAAAUAGAAAUUAAAAGGCAAAAAGAUGGAGAUAAAGUUAUUUCCCAUCUCCUAAGGGGUUGGCAGGGAUAAUAAAGAGAAGAAUCUAAUUUAGAAAGAGUCUACAAAGACAGAAGUGCUGGAGGCGUCUUGGCUGUAGUGUGAAGCUGCAGCCUGAGCAUCAAUGGAGCAAACCCAUGGUGAUGGGAUGUGCCCUGGCAAGAGUAGGUAUCCCCAUGGUGUUUGAAAACUCUUCAGCCCAUGAGCAGGCUUGGCCAGGGGCUAAACUCUGUCUGGGGAAGGGUUCUUGCUUUGCUUUCUGUGGCCACUGCUGGCGAGGAGCUCAGGGAGGGCCCAGUCUGGGAGGCAGGAUGAGGAGGAGGAGGAGAACCCUGUGCUGCGAGCAGGCAGGCAGAGGCAGUGAGGCAGAGCAAAAGGAGACAAGAGGCAAAAUUAGGAGACAAUUAGGCUGGAAACACACCCCGGGGAGGGAAAGCACUGAGCAUGGCUGGGUUAACCCAGGUCAGUGCAGGGCAGAGGUUCAGUGUCACCAUCGCUGUGACUGCAGUGCUUUGGCAGAGCCCCCAGAGGGGAAUGGGGUGGAGGGGACUGCAAGGGCCUGGCGUCCUUUGAGGCUUGCAGAUUGGAGAAUCACAGGCAGAAAACCCCUCUAGGAAGGUGCUGUUCUCUCUCCACCCUACCUCCCAGUCCUCCUGUCUGCCAUGCUGCUCUGGGCUCCCCCAUCACACGCUAAUGGAGGGCCUGGAUACUGCCACUAAUGAAGGGCCUUGGCUUUGGUCACCACCACAGACCCUUGCCCUGUUUCUGGAUGAGAUCCUUGUGGCAGCAAUGAAGUCCUUAAAUCUCUUCUGUCUCCCAGGAGAGCCAAGGGGAAGGGCUGCAGUGCCGUGAGGGUCCUGCCGCCCCCCCAGAGCAGUGCAGCCCCCAGGCUCCUCCUGAGCCCCAUCUCCAUGGCAACACUGUGGAUGCCUCUGCUGGAUAUUCCUACAAGGCCGUCUAAGGGGAAUCCCAGCAGCCUGGGAACUUUGGCAGGGUCAGGGAGAAAAUGCCUGUCUGGGUUAGGGGCAUGCCUGUCUGCCUGUGUGUUCUGUCCACCCACAGCAACAUCCCUGUGGAUAUUGCUCAGAGGCUCUGCUUGAUCCCAGCAGCAGCCACUUAAAACUCAGUCCAUGCAACCUCUCCAGUGAUGACGAGCAUCUCCCAGAACAAACAAUUGCAGAAUUAACCCCAAAGGCCUUUCAGCCCCUAAUUUUCCAUCCCUGACCAUGUCCUUAGCUUGGCCUUGAUGAGCCAAGGGAUAGAAAAUCCCAGCAUUUCCGUAACAUAGCACCAGUGCAGCCUUUGGCCCUGAUACAUAUUUUUCCUUAACAUCUGUCUUUCCUUUUUACUGUGGUUUUUAUUACCAGGCACAGUCAGAUUUAAGGAAACAUAGCUAAGGCACGAGGGGCUCAGGAGUUCUUAUGGUGCACUGGGAGGAGGAAGUCUGGGGCUGUUUCAGGUGAAUGCAUGAGCUGGUUAGCAGAGAAAUGGGAUCCAUCCUGCUUCCCUGAGGGUCUCCCUCAGGACGUCUUAGGGCAAAAAUCAGCCCUGCAGAGGAAACACAUUGCUGUGUUGUUGCUUGCUGGCUGGGAUGGAGGUGUCUUGAGGGGGCUGUCCUCCUCUCAAAGCUGUCCCCCUUGCUCCCCCAGGCUAUGCACUGGGGAGCUCAGGCUGUUCCCCUUCAUUUGUUGUCAUUUAUCCAUAAUUUAGAAUGGGAUUUAGUUAUAUUCUAAUUCAGUUUCAUGUGUCACAGCAUGUCUCAAACAGAAAAUAAAAUAUUUAACAACCUCCACUGGUAAUAAAGAUUCACAUUUGCCUCA